ACUUGUCCGCCAAAUGUUUCCAAAUGAACCGGAAGUGACCUGAUAUUGACCCCGAAAUGUCCACAACAAAUCUGGGCGGGGCUAAGAUCAGUAUUUCCACACAGGAAAGACCAGUAGUCAUGUUAUUCAGCAUUUCAUUUCUUUGAUAUGGGGUGGGAACUAAAGUUCACAGACGCAAGUUGACAGUGGUCGCUAUUAAGCGUGCAGACAACUCGUCGAUACCUCUGAUUGAGAGCAACAAGAAAAAAGGGUUAACUGCAAUGAAGAAUUGAAGCUGAACUCAUUUCCUCUGGAGUAAAAGCGGCCAAUGAGAAUGGUGCCGAGCCCGAAACCGCCUGUACCCACUAUCGGGGAGCGUCACGGUCAACGCGACUCCGGACCUCCGCAUAAACCUGGUCCGAUCGAGGCUGCUUGCACAGAUAGUUUCCAAAGCAUUGUCCUACUUGCUGCUAAGGAGAUGGACAAGAGAAUUGAGGACAUGUUCAAGCGCGGCAAACAAGAUGACAGCCAACCAUUUUUUGGACCAAUGUGUCAGCUGGAGAGUGGCAUCAGGCCUAAGAUCGAGGCUGAAGUCAGACGUCUGAUCCACUUCCAAAAAAAGGAUAGACUCGCCUCCUCAGUGUCGGCCAUUUUGCUUGACACAGAUGGUUUUCUGCAGGAUAUUCGACAGUACAUAAAGUCUAUUGUUGAAGGUCUUCUCCAAGUUGAGCCGAAGAAGCAGGAGGCACAUCAGGCCUACUUGGGAAAGAAAGAGGAACUCCUUCAGCUCAUUCAGUGGAGAGAAUAUAAACAGACUUUCGAGACGGCCCUGUCGAGCGUUGACCACCGAUUGCUCGCUGCUGUGUGCUUGGCGGCAACCAAGCUGGAUUUUGAGAAAAUGCAGCCCAACCCAUUGACCCCAUCACUUAUUGUGGCCAUCGUCCAACGCCUGACCCAGGACAUCAAAAAGGACAAGGAUCCCCCACUGAAAUUUUUGAUGUACCUAUUGUACAUGUUGGACCAAACGGCUCUGGACGAGGAAGAGAAGCAGCUCAUAGCGGAGCAGCUGACGGAGACUAGAGUCGUCAUGUCUGACAUCAAGGGAAAUGCACCCGAAGAAGCUGAUCAUUCAACGAUGGGACAGAUCAUUGAAAACCUGGACGCGUUCUUUGGCUGAGAGCCAUAUAAUAUGUUCAAAACGUUAAAAAAAACCAAGUCAUUUGUCCAUUGAAUUACAACAGUUUGAAAGACCAACAAGUCUUUGAAUUCUUUUUAAUAACAUUGCUGUUGCUAAUCAAUGAUGAGUAUUUCUUACCAUUGAUGCGACCUCUGGUACUAGAUGGUUCUGCUGAUGGCUUUGGAGUCUGGUUGAUACCUGGUGUUGGGGGGUGGAGCUGUUGCUACCGCGCAAGCGCAGAUCGACGCCAUUUUCUCCCAAGGGAUGAUGGGAGAUAUAGAUGUACUUACACGGAUGCUGCAUUAGGCUACAACAGGGGCUGCAAGAAGCAGAGUCACGCGAGAUUUGAGUUGUUUGUUUUUUUUUUGCGCGCGUGUGCUGCGCAAAGUCGGAUUCUUCCAGAUCCUUCCAGAGGUUGCUGCAAACUUCGACUCAGCUUGUGAAUACUUCGAACUUAUCUAAUACUUGGAGUGAUCCGAGAAGAUGGAUGUGAGUACUUAUCGGCAUCUUCUAAUGUACCUGGUGGACGGAAGCUUCCAACCACUCAAGCGGGGCGCCGUAAGGUUCGACGAAUGGCGCGGGGUUUCAUUGCUAAAAGGUAAAAAAAAAAAAAAAAUGUUAUACUGACAAGUCUGAAAAGCAGGUCUUCUUGUUGUUAGGGCAAGUGACUAUUUCUGGCCAUUUAAAAAACGUCGCUCCAAAAGCAAUUCAUCAAAAGAUAUUGAAAUAAAUAAAAACAAAGACACUUUUUCUAUUUUGGUUUUUAAUUAGAAAUGGAUCAAGAUAUAAAAUGUUCUAUAAUAAGAGGAACUGUUGUGAAUCUCAGGUCCACAGCUGAGUUUCAUUUAUCGCUGGCUGGUGGUCAUUUGAAUCUACUGCAGUUUAAGCUUCUCUUUGCAUUUGAAAUUUUCCUCCAACAGACAAAAGACUGUUCUAAACUGGCCCCUCCGAGCAAUACUUGCGCCUGGUUAUCAACGCAGAGGAGAAGCGGACUAUCCUAAUGGAGUGCCACAAUAAAUCUGGUACUGGGAACCACAGUGGCGUCCGGGGCACCUGCAACAGCCAUUUCUUCCUUCUACUGGCCAACAAUGAUUAAGGAUAUCAAUGAGCAUUGAGCAAAUACUGUCAAGGAAAUCGAAAGUGUUGCAUAAACUGUAUUUUGUCUCAAGUAAUUAUUUCUAUUGAAACACGGAUGGAUCCUAUUUUUACUCCUAAGCAGAAUUGGACCAUCCCGCUUUUUUCGAAGUAUUCUAAAUAAAUGUGUGUUUUUCAAUUUCGGGUCAAGUGUUGUCACCGCUGCCAAGUGAAUGACCCAAUUCAAACGGUGGCCCCAGCCCUCCAUCCCAUCAAGGUACAAUGCUAAAACAUUGUCUGGUCUUCAUUUCAAUUCAAAUGAUGAAUAACUGUGCUGCGGGUAAAUGGUCUCGAUGAACGUUUUAAUAUUGCUACCAUUUGAAACGGCUUUUUUGUUUUGGUUUUUUUUGUCACGCACCCCAACACACACACACAGGUGCAUGCUUUUUGUUGGUUUGUUUUUCAUUUUGUGACACUUGGGUCAAAGAACCUUGGGAGGUAUUGGGCACGGAUUUAAUUGGACCACUCCCAGAAACGGGGCAAGGGAACAGAUAUAUACAGUAUAUAUGUCCUGACCGUGGGCGAUUUAUUUGUACACUAAGUGGGUGAUUGCAGAGCCUUUGAAGACCAAGACGGCAGCGGAGGUCUCCGGAAUGGUGACCGCAAAGUUUGAUACAUUUGGCAUGGUCAGGAAAGUCAUCACUAGCCACGUUUACAUGCUGACUUUUUUUCAUACCGAUUCAAAUCAUUCCGAAUGGAAAUUUCACAUCAGCUGUUUUCAUGUCACUUCAUCUAUUCCGAUCCAGCGUUUACAUGUGUCUGCCUUUAUUCCGAAAGGACGUUUGACAACUGCCGUCUGACAUGCGCAGAUUAAUCAAAACAAAGCGUCACGUUGCAAAACAUGGAGAUCGAUCGUCAGAUCAGCUGCUGUUCUAACUUUUCGAGUGGAAACAAAACUUCAGAAUGACACGCCGUUCAUUUAAAAAGUUGUGUGGGUGCUCUGUGCGUGUGCUUGGAAGCCAUGUUGCAUGUGACGUUACUUACGUCACCAAGUCAGUACGGAGCAUGUGCAGAAAGAACGCAGCCAGACACCAUUCCGCUUCCCUGUUUACAUGAUAUAAUUUGACUUCUAAUCGGUUUGGGAAAAGGAAUAUUCCACCCUUGUGAAUCGGAAUGAAAUUCCAUUCGGUUUGGGCCUGUUCAUUCCGAAUGAGGUGUUUAUAUGGAACACAUUUAUUCGGUUUGAACAAAUAUUCCGAUUGAAAUUGGAAUAUUUGGCUCCAUGUAAACGUGGCAACUGAUCAAGGGAAGGAGUUUGUGAAGCAGGUAAGGUUCCGUGACAGUUGACUUUUUCCCAUGCAUUGAUGAAUGUCAGAUCUGCUGAAUUGAGUCACUCUGCUCUUGUCAUUCCAGCUCAAUGAUGGCAUUUUCAGCGUGCUGAACAUCAAACACGCUGUUUCCAGUGCCUGCCACCCCCAGACCAACGGCCAAGACGAAAGGACUAACCAGAACAUCAAGCGUGCUGCUCUCCGACAAUAUGUCACGACUGGGACGUCCAUCUGGCUGCAUCAAUACUGCAAAGCAGAACUCCACACACGACACAGUCCAUAUUUCCUGCUCUGCCACCGCCAUCCACGCCUUCCGUCACUGAUCGGAGCCCUGUCCUUUGUGGUUGAUGACCCAGAAGAGGAUGUGGACACCAGAGUUGAGGAGGUGACAGUUCUCAACGAGACGGUCUGUACACUUGAAGGGAUGAGCCUGACAGAGGGCAGCGUUUUCGCCAGUUUCUUUCUGGCACGUCAUGUUGUUUUUGGAGGUACUUUGCAACAUCGAGAAGGCACAGGACAUCCAGAGGAAGACUUUUGGAGCGCAGAAAAGGCUAAGAGUGUUCUGUUAGGGCUGGUGAUGAGGUUCUUCUUCUCUCUGCAGAUCCAAAAAGGACACUCGUUGGCAAGUCAACACACAUAGGACCGUACACUGUGGCCGGUAUUACGCCGAACGUUGGUGGCCACGAUUGUUAAGGGGUCAACUUUACGGAAGGUCAACAUGUCCAGACCACCGGUCAAAAAAUCCAACAAUUAAUCGGAAGAUUCUUCUGAAUGGGAAGCUGAUCUUCAAUGUGCCAGUGCUGGAGCAAAGUGGCUAAAGGACUUCGACCCUCUUCAGUCCAGCCUGAAACCAUUCAGCCAUAAUCACACGAAAUACUUUCUUCAUGGAGCUGAUGGACACAUUGGAUGAAAAGCGUCCUCCAGGGGAGCUCAUUGUAAAGGAGGAUAACGUCUGCCUCACUCGAGAAGACGCCUGGGUUGGUUUGGCACAGUGCGCGGAGGCCACUAUUGGGAAUGCCUGUCUACAGAUUGUGGGGGAAACUGCAGAAAGACAUGUCCUCAAUAGUACUGGUGAACCAUUUCAUUUGAAGUAGUGAUGGGCGAUACCAGUGAUUUUGGAUUCGAUCCCAUACCAAGUAAUACCAAGGCCAAAUAUUGCGAUCCGAUAUCGAUACCGGAAGUUCAUAUUUUGUAUGUAUGUAUAUAUGUAUUCAGUGGGGAGUAUUUGCUAGUAUUUGAUACACUGCCAGUGGGUUUCCCCAUUGACUGUGUAUCAAAUAGUUGUUCACCCCACUGUAUGUGAGGUUGCGCUAGACAUUUUCGUUGUCUGUCAUUUUGACUGACAGGGUCAUAAAAAUCCAGUCAUAAUCUAUUUUUACCAGUCACUUAAAUUUUUAAAAUGAUAAUGAUGACAUAUUCAAUAGUAUUUAGUUUUCAUUCAUUUUUGAUAUCGCUUGCUUGGCGGCGAAAAAUUAGACACGGAAGUUGUAUUUUUCUCCCUCUUUUUACUCUGCUUACCGCCAACAACACCAACAAAACAACUCCACUCCCAAAGAAAAAGAGGCAACUAUAUAGACCCCAAUCACCAAUGUCACACAAUGAUCUUAAUUGUGGUUGUCAGCCCAAAAUCUUCUAAAUCUAUAUUAAAUGCAUCUUACCAGAUAUAAAAUGACUACUACAUAGUCUGUGGUGAUCGUUUGGUGCCCAGAUUUCUUGUCGAAUUACAGCAGUCCAUCUCGCUCUCCUCUUCGGGUCUCUCAGAAUACGGUAGAACUUCAAGUCUCUCCGUCUAUCUUCUCUGUUACUGCAACCAACCGCCACACACGCCUUCGCCAUUUUGAUUUUUAAUGUUAACGAGCAGAAAAACACGUCGUAAUAGGAGGCAUGUACGUAGCGGUAAUGUGUAAACACGACGAGCUGAUGGACAAUAUGGCUGCUCCAGUAAGGGGGCGGAGUUGUGACGUCAUGUGAUUGGGGUCUAUAGACAAGUUUCCUGAGCGAAAUAUGGGCGCCGCCAUCUUGGAAAAUGUCUGCCUCGCACUUCCGGUCCGGCUGAGUAGCAGUGUAUUAGCAGUGUAUUGACGACGAUAAAACUACGAAAUCGAGCCACAGCAACCCAUGGAAUCAUCAAAAAUUGAUUCAGCACGACCUAGAUGACACGUAGAUGAGAUUGGAUGGCAGUUCGUGUCACUUCGUUGAUCAUUCGUGGACAAAAUUAUUAACAACGGUCAGACUGUGUUAACGUGAGGAAUGGAUUGAUACUACGGCCAUUAGUGACCAAAAUGUGGUGAAAUUACAAGUUAUAUUACAUUUGCCGACUGCAGAAGGGCUGACAUGGAUUGUUUUGUUACAAGGAAAUGCUACAAGGUUAUGUACAUACGAUGUAAACACAAAUAGUAUGUCAUUCUUUUUUUUAUUGCAGGCAUUGAUCGCAAUAAAACAUUUAGACAUGAUUCCAUUUCUUAUUUAAAACGAUUGGUGCACUCCAAAACAGGUCAAUAAAUCACAUUUAUAAAAGUAUUGCAAAAAUAGCAUACGAGAAUGUGAUAUCAGACCGCAGAGCUCCGGAGCCUCGUGAACAAAUAGCGACAUCACGGAGGCCCUCGGCGGCAUUUAGAUGUGCUUUUUUCCCGUCCUCGGUAAUUCCAGCUCCAAUAGCACAUAUUUAAAGACGCUACAGUUCACAAGUUCGCAGUUGGAUCACGGCGAUCUCGGCGAACCACCGUCUGUCACAAUUCCUGCCUCUCUCUCGGCCUCUCCCGGGAGUCGAGCUGUCAUCAUCAUUGUGGAACGCAAACGAUAUAUGUUCGAUAUAUGUCCAUCAACGUACAAGUCAAGUUGUCUUCCCUUUUAUAACAGCGUUUCCCAGCUGUAAACAAACGAAUAAAAACUUGUAACACUUGGAUUUAUGCGGUGCAUUCAAACACGAUUAGCAGCAGGCGGCUAGUAGCAGAAGCUAGUUGUUGUAAAAAUGAUUCAACUUCGUAAUUACAAUCAUCAUCGUAAUAUCAAUAGCAAAGGCAACAAGUCGUUUCAUGCGCCAGAUUUUAGGUUUCGUAUUUUUAGAGCACAUUACCUUCCAUAACAGCGGGGGCAUGACUGCAGGAGCUGUCAGUUUUGUACAUCUCCUUCCCUCCCUCCUGUAUGACGAGUACGAGCACCCAUGGUUUGGAAAUCGACAUGGUACGAAGCAUGGAGGCCUUGGCUUGGUUCUCCACCCGCCUACAUCAAAAUAACAUUCCCGGGAUCUUGUAUAAAGACCUUCCAACUUCGAUUCCACCGCCAUUGACUUAAACAGGCGGAAACGGAAGGGGAAGGAAGACAUAAGGAAGUAAACCGGAAGUACCUCGGAAACAGGCGGCAAUCUAGUCCACCAAUUGGAUGACGCGCUGGCACACCGGGUGCACCAAUAAGAACCUCGCGUUGAUGUGUCAAUCACGGUGCUGCCGCCAGACCCCGGUGACGCUACAAUAUUCUGACAGAAUAGCCAACGACGUCAUGCAUUAAGAGAGACAAUAGCUAAUUAAUAUGCUCACUCGCCACCCUGUCGUCUGGGGUGUGAAUUGCAACCUGUCAAAAUGACUGACGGACUUCAGUUUUUUCCGUCACCGUUUUAAAAAACCGGUCAACGACGGAAAAUAUUCGGUUAACGCGACCCCUGUUGCGGAGGCAAUAUGAUACACAGUCAGAAACAGCAAAUGAAGUAAACAAAGAUGAAUAAAUAAAGUUCAAGUCCUGGGCAUCCCCCAUUCUUGGACCCUCCAUGUCAGCAAGGAAAAACUCCAAAAACUCCCAAGCUCUUUGGGAGAAAAUGAGAAACCUUGGGGAGUACCACAGUCAGGAGAGAUUCACUCCCAGGACGGAUAGACAGGAUGCACCAGGACAGCUAAUGGGAAUUAGCAGACGGGGUUACAGUCUGUAAGGAUGCAGUAGAGUAAAGGAACAAGAAGAGGUCCAUCUAGCCAGAUGAGACGGGGGUGGCAAUGAGGACGUCCAUCCAGCCAGGGGUUCAGAUAGUCAGGAGUCUGCAGCUGAAAAAUAACCUCUCCCCAGAGGGGAGGGGGACAAAGGGGACACCGGGUGACUAGUGAUGAAGAGACUAGUAAACUAGAUAUUAACAUUGGAAAAUAGAAAUAAGGUAAGACAAGCGGUAGGUAGAGUGAGAAAAAGGAGCUAGAACUCAGUGGCUGUACUUCCCCCAGCAUGAUAGCUUCUAGUGCAGCUUAGACUGAACUGUGAGUCUAAUCCGACCUCAACUAGCUCCGACAGUACUUUUAGAAACCCUGGGAACUACCAGUAGACCUGCAUUCUGAGAGCGGAGUGUUCUGUUGGGGCGGUAUGGAACCAGCGCAUCGGUGAGAUAAGAUGGCCCCAACCCAUUAAUGGUCUUAAAUGUAAGAAGGAGGAUUUUAAAUUGAAUUCUAAACUCGACUGGAAGCCAGUGAAGGGCCUGGAGCAUAGGGCUUUAAAAUUUUAGGAAGUCAUCACAG